AUGCUGCGCGCUUCGAUUCUCGCGGCCCGUCCUGCUGUCCGGCCAUUGGCACGCGCCGCCCGCCCGCAAUGGCGCGUUGCCCAGCGCUGGUACGCCGACGACAAAAAGCUGGACCAGACCGCCGUCCCCAACCCGGCCCCCGUCGUCGAGCCCACGGUUGACGCGCAGAGCCCGUCGAAGGCCCAGCAAGCGACCAUCCCGCCGUCCGAGGUGCCCAGAGCCCCGCCUGCGCCCGAGACGAGCAUCGUUGCCAACGCUGCCGACUCUGCCGACGCUGCCAACGCUGCCAACGCUGCCAACGCUGCAUCGCGCUCUGCGCCCGUCAUCCAGCCCGCCACCACUCCCCCGACCGGCCCUGGCAGUGCGAGCGUCGCCCCCGACCCAAUCAAGCCGAAGCCCAAGAAGCGCAGGUUCCGCCGCUUCCUGCUGUGGCUCACCAUCCUCUCUGGCCUGAGCUACGCGGGCGGCGUCUACUACUCGCUCGUCUCGGACAACUUCCACGACUUCUUCACCGAGUUCAUCCCCUUCGGAGAGGAUGCCGUCGCGUACUUCGAGGAGCGCGAGUUCAAGCGCCGCUUCCCUGCCCGCAGCGACCAGCCCAGGCUCCACCAGCAGAUCAAGGGCGAGAACAAGGUCACCAUCCCCGGCAAGAGCGGACUGAGCGCCCGCGUCGCUGAGGACCCCCACACAAGCGCCGUCAGCGACAACAACCCCAAGGCCAAGCCAGAUGAGCAGCCCAGGGUUGGCUCGAACCAGCACACCACCCCAAAGAGUAGGGAGACGCCCCGGUCGGCAGCACCCAAGACUGAGACCGUUGUGCUCGAUGCGCCGUCCAAGCCCAUCUCCCAGAUAGACCACCUGAGCGUACCCUCCGCGAGCGAGCCUGUCGUCCAGGACGUCGUCAAGAUCGUCAACGACCUCAUCACAGUAGUCAAUGCCGACAAGACACACGAUGGAAAAUACAACUCUGCUCUGGACAAGGCCAAGUCGGAUCUUGCCAAGGUUGUCUCUGACAUCACCCUGCUGAAGGCCAACCUGCACAAGGAGUCCGAGGACAAGGUCAGGGCUGCCCACGCUGAGUUCGACGAGGCCGCAAAGGAGCUCGUCAAGCGCCUCGACCACCAGAUGCAGGAGCAGGAGACGCACUGGAAGGAGGAGUACGAGAACGAGCGCGAGCGCCUCCAGCAGGCCUACAAGAGCAAGGUCAAGUCUGAACUCGAGGCUGCCCACAAGGUCUACGAGCAGAAGCUCAAGAACGAGCUCCUCGAGCAGAGCAUCCACCUCCAGAAGAACUUCACCCAGAACGUCCGCGACCGCGUCGAGGCCGAGCGCGAGGGCCGUCUUGGCAAGCUGAACGACCUCUCCAACUCCGUCCAUGAGCUCGAGAAGCUCACAGCUGAGUGGAACUCCGUUAUCGAUGCCAACCUCAAGACCCAGCACCUCGUCGUCGCCGUUGAGGCCGUCAAGUCCGCCCUCGAGACACAAGUCGUUCCUAAGCCUUUCGUCACCGAGCUUGCCGCCCUCAAGGAGAUCGCCGCCGAUGACCCCGUUGUCAGCGCAGCUAUCUCCAGCAUCAACCCCGCCGCUUACCAGCGCGGUAUCCCCAGCUCCGCUCUCCUGAUCGACCGCUUCCGCCGCGUUGCAUCUGAAGUCAGGAAAGCUGCGCUCCUCCCCGAAGACGCCGGUGUCGCAUCCCACAUCGCCUCCCUCGCCAUGUCCAAAGUCCUCUUCAAGAAGUCUGGGCUAGCAGUUGGUGGUGACGUCGAGGCUGUACUUGCGCGCACUGAGAUCCUGCUCGAGGAGGGCGAUCUUGAUGCCGCCGCACGUGAGAUGAACGGUCUGCACGGGUGGGCCAAGGUUCUGAGUAAGGACUGGUUGAGCGAGUGCAGGAGAGUGCUUGAGGUCAGGCAGGCGCUGGAUGUCAUUGCUACAGAAGCGAGACUGCAGAGCUUGCUGAUCGACUAA